GUGGGUUCUUUGACUACCGGUUCUUUUGCAGUCCAAUCUCGAUGGAUGUGCAUUGCUCAUAUCUUGCAGACUGAAAAGCCAUCUCUCGCCCCCAGUUAUUUCAGUUUUCCAACACCACCACUCCAAGACCAGAUUGCGCCUCUUUAUAAAAUCCUUAGAACUCCCUCAUUGGUUUUCUUCUUUCUUCAGUCAUCUUCAGCUUCGACUCGCCGCUCCAACUUCGCUUGCCCUUCCCGUCUUUCCAGUCCGGGGUUGCUACCGAAGAUCUACAUAUACAAUCGCCCGCCGGGUCUACUGUAUACAACGCAGCCUGCCGUACCGCUCGUGUCACCUUCCCCCGUUUACACUGUCCAGCACUUUCAGUCAAGGCAGCCGGACGUUCCCGCCUGUUCGCAUUGCAUCUCCAGUCCUCACCCUAUCUGCGUGUGUGAUUCUAGGAUACUGGAGUGCACUGCAGCGUUUCCUGCACCUCUCUCCUCCCGUCACCCCGCCAUCCGACCCUGUGAUCUUCCAACGGUUUUGGGUCUAUCCCUCGAGCUCUGCUAUUGCCAGAUCGGUACCGUUGCAGUUCAGUCUCCAAACAACAACUCUUCCUUCGGCUGAUUGAUGACCGCACGGUCUGAAGAUCUCGACUGAAUACCACUUGCCUGCCGCACCGGAGAGCAAGUACAAAUUCAUCGGCUUGCCCGCCCUCACGUUCGCUAUCCAUUUGAGCUCAGGAUUGUUGACGACCAUACAUGCAUAUGCUUCGAGCCGACUAAGCACUAUCUACUCGAUCAAGUACCACUCUUUCCUCGACUUGAUCUACCUUGCCCUUUCUUGACGACAGUAUGGUUGUCAACGGCCCCACUUCCAAACCAGGGUCAGCCAAGCGCCCUUUGUCCGCUUUACAAGAUGGGUGUGCUGGUUGGGAGCCUGCUUCGCCCAUGAGUGCCUCGCGCCCGUCUGUCAACGUGCCCUUUGCACACUAUGCCUUGAUCUACCUUGACAAUACGGGUAAGCUCAAGGUUGCCGAGUCGCCGUCUAUCCAAGAGCAGAGCCGGUCGGUCUUCACGCCUGAAGUCCGCGAGAGAUUCCUGGAGAUUCUCGGGUCCAAGAUCGGAUACCACAAGCCUAUGAUACGUCAUGACUCGGCGGCUCCCUACGCUUACGGCCAUGCUCACGGCAUGCCCUAUCACCGCCAGGGCAAACGUCGCAAAGCUGCGGCUCAUAGCCAUGCCCUAGAGAUGUCUUUCAGUGAACGAUUUCCCGAGCCAGCUCCGCCUGUGGUUUCGCCACCGACAAACAACAUGGUUGCUAUGCAGAUUGGUGAUACUGAAAAACUCAUAGAGUACUAUGAGAAUGCCCUCAAGCAUUUCCAGCAAAUAAACUGUCGUCUCAUUGCCAAGCACUUCAUCAGACACAUUGAGCCUCGCAAGCAAGUGAAGCACCCCUACAACGGCGGGGAGUCAGGGAACCCAGAGAUCACCAAGCCGGAAUGGUGGCCUGCUGAAGUCAUGCACAAGGAGCCGGAUCAUCUCAAGAAGCAACAACGACUUCAACUCUUAGUUCACAUCCUACGCAAACUUGGCAAGUUUGACAUUACAGCAGAGAAGCUGGAAGAUAUCUCACAAGACUGUAAACGGUCGCUCAAGCCCGAAGACAGCAUCGAUGAGAAGAUGGACAUUUUGACUGAGAUAUUCAAAGUUCGGAAGCAGGAAGAGCGUUUUGAGCGCGGUGAAAUUGAUGCGGACUCGAUGGUAUACGUUCGAAACCGAGACGCUCCCGCGAAGGAAGUUAAAGGUGCCGAGUCUGUGAUAGACGACAUGGAGCCAAAAUUAGAGCUUGACGAGUUCGAGGACAUCGAAGAGAUUCCGCUGGCAUCUGCUUCAUCAUCAGAACAUCUGUCUGCAUCGUUUGCCUCGGUGGAUCACUUGGCCCUGUCACAAACUCGGUCUUUCAGCAUGGCCAGCGACAGAGGCCGAACUAUUCCAUUGAAUGAUUCCUUUAGCUUUGGAGAGCCCUCAAGACACGACCGCUCAUAUUUGAAUUCAGCCGCGGAGUACGCCGAUGACUAUCCUGCUCUCAGAGGCCCGACAACAUCGGGGAUGGUCAGUCCAAAUGAGCACCCUGACGCCUAUGAUUAUCUGUCUCACACUCCUUUCACUGCUUCCGCUGCAAGAGAGCACCAUCGCCCACUUUCAAUGCCAAUGCACCACGUCUCCCACUACGACACUUGGGGCUCACCAUUUCGCCCAAACAUGUACAAUUCGAUGGAAUAUGGGGCCACUCAAGCCCUCUCACAGAACUCGAUGCAUUACCCAUUGCAGAUAAGCCCGUCUCACCCUCAUGAGCUCCCACACGGGCUUCCAGAGAUGGGCCGUGAAAGGGGCCUGGACUCUCUGGAUCUUAUAGCCUCCAGAAUCUCAGUCACGAAGCCGUUUUGAAGACGACCACAGACUUCACCCGGUCCUUCAUCAUUGUUAUUGCUGUGACAUCCUCAAAGUACAUGAGUGACUUGGGAUGAUUUAGUACACGACCUCAUGAUUCAUGUGAACGAAUAGCAUAUUGCUCAUUCUCCCCUCUCCAUUUCGAUACCACGACCGGCCGGCUCUCUUGCAGGCCCAGGGUACAUCCGGACGCAUUCUACCGACAGAUGUAGAAUUUGCACCUUUUUACUCUUGAGCAUCUACGACUUUUCUUCACGGUGUAUAUACGUUUGUUUUUUUCUUUCGCUGUUUUGCAUUUCGUGAUGACAUGCAUUUGCAAUUGUGCGCCAUUUCAUACGAGAUAAAAGCUGCCGGGGUUGAUGGCGCUUUGCACGGGAUUAUCAUGCACCGCUAUCUUUAUGUUGUUUAAUUUGGGCCUUGUUUUGUAUAGAAUUUUGGGAGCGAGGGCGCAGGUGGCGAAGCUGAAUAGCUUGAUUUAGAUCCAUGGUGUAUAUAGCAGAUGACUGUGGCAGAUGCACCCCCAAUGAAUAAGAAAUACUUCAAUGAUGGAUUUGAAGUAAUAUCACCAUCAAAGGGAGAUC